CAGCGUGACCACGCGGCCCGGCAGUCGACUAACUGGUGAUACCUCCGAGACCGGCCACAGAUGGAGGACGGCGACAGACGACAGGGCGGCGCGCUCGGUGCCUGUCUGCUGACCACGCUGCUGCUGCUGCUGCUGGCGUCGGCCACCUCGGCCCUCAGCCUGCAGCGGGCGGUGCGCGAGGCCGGCGGCUCUGGUUGGGAGGAUCUGCAGGAGUGCGGCAUCGACAGCAUCUGCGCCUUCAGCGUCUAUGACCGCGACACGCUGGCCACCAAGCAUUUCUACCCCCGGUGCCGAUGUCCACCGAACGCACCAUGUGUGGAGUUCUACGACAACAUUGCCACUGGGGUCAUCAACUGCAAAUGUACUGUUAUUGCAUGAGCCGACCUGAAGUGGGAGAGGGGUCUGCGGCAGUGGCAUCCACCCGCUGGACAAGACACCACGGCUUCGAUAAAAACUAACCAGCUACCUCGGCCCGCUUCCGUAGCAAAGCAUAUCAGUGUUGUGGAUCAACUGUGACCGUCGCAUUCCAAGCACAUUUCGGACAUGAAGCAAAAAAAGAAUGCGACGAAUCACUGCAUUGUACCUGUUAACUGCUCCAAGGUGCUAUUUAUUUUCAGCUUCAUCAUGAUUGGAGCGUCUGACUGAUGUUUAGGUGAUCCGUUCCUCACGGUAGCCAGAUCACUUUGUUGUUGUUUGACACUGCGUCACCAUCAUCACUGUAGAUUAGUUAUGAUUUAAGUGCGUCAGCUUCUUGCAUAUGUGCCGCCCUCUGUUACGUCCCAGAAAUGGCGGAUCCGAGCCAUGGUAACUGCUCAUUGUUCAGUAUUAGCGCUCGACGGAGGCGACUCGGCUCGACCAUUGUUUCUUAAUAAAACAACUUUCUAACCCGUGAGUGCGUGUAUCUGUACGCAUUUUGAAUCUUAGGACGACAUGGGAUGGUCCCCAUGAUAUACAACCUCUCCCGAUUGUUCAGCAUAAGUGGUAGACGGGGCGGGUGGUCUUGGUUCCUUUUGUCUGAAUGGGAAACGCUGACCUUGAGGUGUCAAUACUUGUCGCACUUCAUGGUGCUAUAAAGGUUAUCACCAGAACACUGAAUGUAUUCGAAUCAUAUUUUUCAAAGCGCUGCUCAACCAAAUGCCCCACAGUCGACACCAAACCAACAGAUCAACAUCCUGAUAAACCCCAACACGCCUCAGCUCCAUCCAACGAGGCAGGAACACACCUCACGCCAAUCUGUAGCAGUCGGCAUAUUUCGGGCCCGUUAUACACAGACUGAAUGCGCCAAGCCUAUAUAAGACUUCCAAAUAUAAUUGUAGGUUUUAGGGCCCAUCGACCCGUUGCGGCUGGUGAAUUUUCCGAUGCAAUCCAGCAUUAGCGCGUGUCCUGUAGAAAUUGUUCGUUUCAGGCCAGCCCAAUCUAACGAUGAUUGCAGAAUCAGAGAAAUGAUAUGAUACAGAGAUUAACACUCUUUCACCGGGCUGUAUUAUUGU